AUGUCAGCAGGUAUUUUACCUAAAGUCAUCCAGCACAUAGAGGAAGUUCCUGCACACCGAACAUUUGAAUAUAAAUACAGCUUCAAAGGUCCUCAUAUCACCCUACCUGAUGGAACUUUGCCUUUCUGGGAAAAACUUGGAGAUGCAAUUGCUGGUCCAGAUGAAAUUCGCCUUGUUCCAUCGAUAAAAAACCACAAGGGAUCAGUAUGGACCAGAAGCACUUCCAAUUUUACCAACUGGGAAAUGGAGGUAUCUAUUAGGAUCUCAGGACACGGGCCUAAUGGAGCGGAAGGAAUGGCUCUGUGGUAUACUAGGAAACCAGGAGACUUGGGUCCAGUGUAUGGCUCUUCUGAUCACUGGGAUGGAUUGGGGAUUAUUUUUGACACAUUUGAUCAUGAUUUCAAGGGAAAUAACCCAGCAAUAGUGAUUGUGGGGAACAAUGGCAAACUUCAGUAUGAUCAUUUACGCGAUGGUUCGAGUCAAGCAUUGGGAACUUGUGUUACCAGUUUUCGCAAUACAAUUCGGCCAUUUAGGGCAAAGAUAACAUAUUACAAAAAAACACUGCAGAUAUCUGUGUACACUGGGUUAUCUCCAAACAACCGCGCGUACGAAGUUUGUGCAGUAGUUCACAACGUGGUACUCCCAUCCACUGGAUAUUUUGGAGUCUCCGCAGCUACAUCAGCACUUGCUGAUGACCAUGACAUCAUGUCCUUCAUGGUGUAUAGUCUAAGUACAUCAUGGGAAGAGCCAGGUUCACAGAUUCCAGAAGAAGAAAGGGAAAGGUUUGAGAAAGAGUUUGAAGAGUUUCAGAAAGAGCUAGAAAAGAACAAGGACGAAUUCCAUAAGAAUUUUCCCAUACCAGAUGAGAAUGCAUUUGAAUCAGACAGUCAGCGGGAGUUGGAUAUGAUUCUUCAUGGACAGGCCAGGCUGAUGGAGGAGCUGAGAGUGUUGAAGACCAGACUGAACAUGACACUUGAGGAGCAGUUUAGACACAGAAGCAUUUUAAUAAACUCCAAAGCCAAUGAGACUACUACUGUGAGCACUGAACACUUGCACAGUAGCAUAGAAACAGUGAUGAAUGGGAUGCCAGAUCUUCUUACCAUGACAAAAGACCUAAAAAGUGAAUUUCACAAGGUUGCCACGAAGGUCAAAGAUCUGCCUUCAUCGAAAGAAGCAGCAAGUCCUUCCUCUAAUCCAACCUCUGCCAAAGAAGUUAAGGAAGAUUUCAUUAAAAUUAAGAAAAGCCUGGAGGGCCUGGUCAAAAGUUCGGAACAGACUUCACGUUGUCCUCCAAGAACAACUCAAACCUCCUGUUUGUCCAGUGGAAUUUUCCUGACAUUUCUGCUUUUGCAAAGUAUUUGUACAGUGGCUUAUAUUUUAUUGAGAAGAAGCCAAAAGGAUUCCGGCUCCAAGAAACUCUACUGA